UCGAUGUCACCCCCAAAAAAGUUCUGUAGUGAUCAGGCAGUAUUAUAGACAGCCUACACAGAGGUCCUUCGCCACACAUUUCAAGAUGGCUGCGUCCAUCGGAAAUUUUUUGAAACCUUGGAGACCCAGCGUCUUGGUGACGAGAUGGGCGAGGUACAACCCUUACUACCUGGAGCCAGAGCCUCGCAAGGAGGUCUACGACAUACCAGAGACCGAGUUGACGGAGGAGGAAAAAAAGGAACGAGAGCUCAAAGCGGUCAGGCCGAUAAAAGCGGCACCACCUGCGCUUACCAGCUCCGUUUUCAACGACCCAAUGAUAAGUAAAUUUAUCAAUAUGAUGAUGCAUGACGGCAGGAAGCGUCUGGCGAGCGAGAUCAUGAUACAGACUCUAGAGAGAAUGAAGAGGAUCCAAGUGGAGAAGUACCACAAGGCCCCCGACGCCGAGAAGCCGGAGAUUGACUGCAACCCGUACGCCAUCUUCCACAAGGCUCUGGAGAACUGCAAGCCUGUGGUGGGCCUACGGAACGUGAAGAAGGGAGCAAAGGUCUACCAGGUACCCACCGCGCUCACCGACAACCGGCGGCGUUUCAUGGCCAUGAAAUGGCUAAUCACGGAGUGCCGCGAGAACAAGCACCGACGCACGCUCAUGUACGAGAAGCUGAGCCAGGAGCUGCUGGAAGCCUCGGCCAACAAGGGCAGCGUGGUGAAGAAGAAACACGACCUGCACAGGAUGGCGGAGGCCAACCGCGCGUACGCGCACUUCCGCUGGUGAACAAACCCCGCUGUUCUUCUUGCGACAGUGAGGAUUGUUCACCUUGGACUGGGUUGCUGUCAUGUAAUUCCUUGUAUGGGAUGGAGCUGGAACUCACCAUUCACAUCAUAGGGCGCGAUGAAUGAAACAUUUAUGUAUAAAUGUUUUCAUAAAUGCUUCAUUUUUGUAUCCAAGUGUCUGAAAUGUUUAUUAUGAUGCAGGGUUCAUAUAGUGGUAGGGCCCCAUUCUAAAGGACAUGGAGUGGAUGACUUCAUAUGAACAUUAUAAUUAUUGUAAAGUGUACAAAUAUUGAAUAAAUUGGAUGUAACAUUGUUUUCUUGUGACUGAUAUGCCAAGGUAAUAAAAUUAUUUUCUAGAGUUAA